UGAGCCAGCCGAGCUCCCCGUCCUCCAGACCCGAGCUCACUCUCCGCCCGUCCCCCUGACACGCACCACACCACCAUGAAGAGGCAAAACGUGCGGACCCUCGCCCUCAUCAUCUGCACCUUCACCUACCUGAUAGUCGGUGCCGCGAUCUUCGACGCGCUGGAGUCCCGGGAGGAGACGAGCCGGAGGGUGGAGCUGGACAUGCGGAAAAAGCAGCUGCUGAGGACCUUCAACCUGACCGCGGAGGACUUUGACGUGCUGGAGAAGGUGGUGCUGGACCUGAAGCCGCACAAAGCCGGGGUGCAGUGGAAAUUCGCCGGCUCGUUUUACUUCGCCAUCACUGUGAUCACUACCAUAGGAUACGGCCAUGCAGCCCCCAGCACAUAUGGAGGGAAGGUGUUCUGCAUGCUUUACGCCCUCCUGGGCAUCCCGCUCACCUUGGUCAUGUUCCAGAGCGUGGGUGAGCGGAUCAACACCUUCGUAAGGUACCUGCUCCACCGCCUGAAGAAGUGCCUUGGCAUGAGGCGCACCGAGGUUUCCAUGGCCAACAUGGUGAUCAUAGGCUUCAUAUCGUGCAUGAGCACACUGUGCGUUGGGGCGCUGGCCUUCUCACACUUUGAGGGAUGGAGUUUCUUUCAUGCUUACUACUACUGCUUCAUCACGCUCACCACCAUCGGCUUCGGGGACUAUGUGGCACUGCAGAAUGAGCAGGCAUUGCAAACCAAGCCAGAGUAUGUGGCCUUCAGCUUCAUCUACAUCCUGACGGGCCUGGCCGUGAUCGGAGCCUUCCUCAAUUUAGCGGUGCUGCGGUUCAUGACCAUGAACGCUGAGGAUGAGAAGCGGGAUGCUGAGCAAAGGGCUCUCCUUGCUCACAAUGGCCAGGCAGGUGGACACAUCAACUGUUCCAUAGACCCGGGUUCCUCCUCGUCCACACCGUCCGGUUGCGGCGGAGGAAGUGCAGUGGGAGGUAGUGGGGGAGGGGCGGCGAGUCGGGGUCUACGUAACGUUUACGCUGAAGUGCUCCACUUCCAAUCCAUGUGCUCCUGUCUUUGGUACAAGAGUAGAGAGAAGCUGCAAUACUCCAUCCCCAUGAUCAUCCCACGUGACCUCUCCACCUCAGACACCUACAUGGAGCAGGGGGAGGCGUUUUCCAACCUGCUGCACUCUAACGGCUGCGUGUGCAGCCUGCAACGCUACUCGGGCAUCAGCUCAGUUUCCACUGGCCUGCACAGCAUCAACACCUACAGAAGACUCAAUAAACGCAGAAGCUCCAUCUAAACUCCGAGGACUUCAUGGUUUAAGGUCAAGUCCACACAGGAGGGCCCGUCUACUGUAGUAGGAUAUCAUCUGAGGACACCAAGGGGACAUAGCUCCUGUCUUAAAGAGACGCAGUCCUUCUGAGGUUUCUGGCACUGAAGAGGCUCCAGACUCUGUGUAUUUAACUUCCAUUAGCGAAGCACAAACCAUUCUGGACUAACAUCGUUACUGAUGUCACUGAGAAAUGAUGCUAAUGGUUGUUUAAGAAGCAUUUGUUACACAAACUGUUGCUGUUUGAGGACGGGGAAAAAACUUGCAGCUCUCUCUAAAAUUAAUUAUCACAAUAUUGAAUUCAGUAUUUUCUUUGUUAGACAGAAUUUCAUGUUCUAAUAUGAAAAGGGACAGAGCACACUGUGAGACCUGUUUUUAAGAGGGAUUGUACAUAAUGCCCCACUGAGAGAUAUUUUAUUGAAUAAUCUUAGAUCCACUUUUUUUCCAAAAAGACUCUCCAAAAGGAAUCUUUGGUUGUAUUAUACUCACCGUGGUGAAAUUAAAAAGGUGUACAUAUCUGGACACUUCACUCAUAGGUGUCAA